ACGAGACUAAUGCAGCGCUCGUUUUCAACAUGACGACGAUCAUCGCCGAUCCGGCUUGCCGUUUCAACGACUCCUCCUCCAAGUCGUCGAUCUGCUCUGUCGAUGAUAAACCGAGCGUGCUGCUCCUCGAUUCCGACAUCAAUAAGAUCGUCGAGCGGAAACUUCGCUCGACUAACUUCCGCGUUUUGCACUGGAGUUUGGAUAGCCUCGGGGAGACGAAUGGCUUUCUGGGCCAGUACUACACCCUUUCGGUAACCGUGAAGAUCGACGAUAAAUCGAGGCAUUUGAAAUUCUUCGCGAAAACACCGCCGCCCACCGACAGUCCUCAAUACGAUUUCCUCGUCAACUCGAACACGUUCAAUAAGGAGAUAGCUGUCUACAGCGAUAUCGUGUCGAAGAUCGGGAUGGGUAACGGACCGAAAUGGGCGCCUGAUUAUUAUCUCGGCAAGAGCAACGCCAUAAUCGUGCUGGAGGACGCGAAACAAGAGGGAUACGUAACACCGGACAAAUUCUUGUUGUUCGACGUUGAUCACUGCGUUUCGGUGAUAACGACCCUCUCGACCUUCCACUCGAGGUUCUUGAUCCACGACGAGAAGCUUCGCCGUACCACCGGACAGACGAUCACGGAUCUUUAUGGAAACUGGCUGGAGGAGGUAGCUUUCGUCGAGGAGGAACUGGCCGCGAGGAAAUAUCUCUGCUCCUGUAUCAAAGGUGCAUGCACGAUGGUAGAUUACGCGGAUAGAUUCAACGACGAAGAGAGGAGCCUGAUGAAGGAUUGGAUUACGAAGACCGUUCGAAGCCUGCCGAUAUUGCUGCAAUCGUCUAAGAAAUUCAGAAACGUCGUAUGCCAUCGCGACAUAUGGGCGAAUAAUAUGAUGUUUAAAAGAGAUUCGAACGGUAAGCCGAUCGGUUGUUACUUGAUAGACUUUCAAUUUCUACGGCACAGUCCGCCCGCGCUCGAUUUCGUUUUGUGCCUUUAUCUGACCACUGAUCGAGCCACCAGACGUCGGCACUUUGAUCGAUUCAUCGACGUUUAUUGCGAUACCAUGAAGAACGAAUUGGCUUCCGAAGGUCUCGACAUGGAGGAGUGUUUACCUCGCGAACAGUUCAUCGAGUGUUGCGGGGAAAUAAGGAAUAUCGCGUUGGCGUAUUCGAUCGCCAACAUGCAAGUAAUGUUACUGACGAAACAAGCGGUCGAGAAGUAUUUCGUUAAUAAUACCGAACUUUUGGAACACGUGGUGUACGGUGAACAACGAUCAGAACUGGUCAUUAACGAAUGCCGUACUCUGAAGGCUUAUAAAGAUCGUAUCGUGGAUAUGUUGGAGGACAUCAAAGACCACCUGGUUAACAAAGCGACCAAGUGUUAGGUGCAAGAACAAGGAACUGGGGUUGUGAAUGGUACUUGGAGUGUCGUCGUUUGUACCUGCAUUACGAUCUGUGAUAAAGGGACUUUGGAAUGGAGCCAGCAAGGAAGGCUGUCCUUAUUUCUGGAUUUGCGGACGUGUCGCAAAGUCCUCGCUGAAUCGUGCCAGAGUUCGUUGAAAAGGCUACGAGGAGCAAGGUCAAUCAAUGCAUCAGACGACUUUUUGCACGGAUAUCGUCUGAAAUAUCGUGGACCAUUUAAUCGGACGGUUCUGUUAAGCUGGCUUUACAGGCUCAUGCAAUUUGAACAAACUGCCUGGUGCAGUUGAAUUUCGACAAAUAGAUCGUUCCGUUUGAAUAGAAUUUUGUAGUUUUAAACCCAGCUAUUAUCUAAGGAUUCUUUUCUCUUUUUUGAUGUCGGGCGGGAUCCCGAAAUUACGGGUACUCGCACCCCCUAUUUAGAUGCAUAAUGAUAAUGAUAAGCGAGAUAGUGUUGUGUUUUGUAAUAGAAAUAAAUAAAAAAAUAACCA